AGUUUAGAGAAACAUCAAAAAGCACAAAAACAAAAACAAAAAAAAGAAAAGAAAAGAUGCAGAGAAUGCUUACCUGGAAAUUUUUUAUAGCAAUGGUAGCAAUAACAGCAGUUGUAACAAAAGCACAGGAUUCAGCAUGUCUCAGUGAACUUGUACCUUGUUUGCAGUUCAUCAAUUCUAACAAGACGCCAUCGAGCAGCUGCUGUCAACCUCUCAAGUCCCUGAUCAAGUCCAAUCCUCAGUGUCUCUGCAGCCUGCUCGGCAGUGACUCAGCGACACGCCAGGCCGGUGUCAACAUGACUAGAGCUCAGCUCUUGCCAGCCAAAUGCGGAGACAAAGUUUCUGCAGCUUCAUGUAAAAAAAGUUCUUCUAAGGAGAAGACUACCGCAGCAUCAAGUUCAGCAGAGAAGUUACUUCAAAUGAAAGCAGUGAGAGUAGGCUUGCUGUCCCUAUGGUUCCAGAGCAUGUGGGUCUUGCUUUUAUCAUAGCAAAGACAUAAGAAAUUCAACACUGCAUGUAAUGCAUCCAUUUGUAGGAGUGGAGUCGCUUAACUUCCCUAAAAGUGAAAACAAAAAAAUGAAGAAAAAAAGGCUGCAGUUUUCUUCCUAUA